AUGCGGCCAGCAGCGGCAAAACGGCCGAAGAUAAGGCCGAAUAAUAUUCUCGACGAAAGCUCUUCGGUACCAACUGGGGAUCGCGCAAUGUCAAAGGAAGCCCCCCUCUCAAUCGCAGAGCGCGACUUCAUUCUUGAAGCUCUGCGCCAGGAUGCCCGUCUUGAUGGCCGCACUGCGAACCAAUUCCGUCCCUUGAAGAUCUCAUUCGGAGACGAGUACGGACAUGUGAAUUUGGAGCUUGGUAACACUAGUAUCAUUGUCCGGAUUUCUGCCGAGGUCACCAAGCCUCGCGAUGAUCGCCCUUUCGAUGGUCUGUUCAACAUCAAUCUGGAGCUCUCCGCGAUGGGCUCUCCCGCCUGGGAAAAUGGCCGCCCCAAUGAGGUCGAAUCUAACGUGACCUAUGUCCUCGACAGUGUCAUCCGUCACUCCAAUGCCCUGGACACGGAGUCACUUUGCAUCCUGAAAGGCGUGAGCUGCUGGAGUAUCCGUGCUGAUGUACAUGUCGUCGCCUAUGAUGGUAACUUGACCGAUGCGGCCUGUAUCGCGGUCAUGACUGGACUUCAACAUUUCCGCCGUCCGGAUGCCGUGGUGCGCGAUGGUCAGGUCAUUGUCUACGGUGUCGAGGAGCGAGUCCCCGUGGCGCUGAACAUCACACACAAGCCGCUUUCGGUCACGUUCUUUGCCUUCAAUGAGAGCCAGAACAUCAUCGUCGAUGCGACAUUGAAGGAAGAGCAGGCCUCUGAAGGCGAGCUGGUGAUUGGCAUGAACAACGGUGGCGAGAUGUGCUUUAUUAACAAGUUCGCCGGUGCGACCAUCAAUGCCAGGGAAAUCGUGACGCGCACUGCCAUUGCCCUGGAGAAGGUCAAGGAAGUUAAUGCUCAGAUCGAUAAGGCAAUGCAAGCCGAUUUGGCCCUGCGGGCCAAGACGGGCAUGGCUGAGGAAUCUCGUGCUCAGAACGACCGUUGA